AUGGGGCGCCAGGUGGUGAUCCCGCAGCGUAGUGCGCACUCAGGCGCAGAGGGCGGCGCAGCAGCCGAUGCCGACAAGAAGGAAGGCGCGUACUGGAGCCGUGAGCUCGUGGUCCCGUCCAGAAGCCGCCAGGUGAGUCGCUUCUGGCUCGAGAAGGCGCUGGUGCUGACCGACGGCGUGCAGCUCUUCGCGCUCAUGUGGCAGCUGUCGCAGCCCUGGCCGUGGCCCGCGCGCUGGCUGGAGGCCACUCGCUGGGUCAACGCGUUCACGCUCGACGUCUUCAGCUUCCGAGCCACGGGCGCCGCCAUGGGCUCCACGUCGCAGCCGUUCUCGCUCUGGGGGGAGAUGCCCAACUACUGGCUCUACGCGCUCGUGUGGGCGCUGGUGCCGUGGAGCGGCGUGCUGGCGCUGCAAAUGGCCAAACGCUCGUGGGCCAGGCAGGGCAGGAGCGACUGUUUGCUGCUCAGUGUGACGUGGGAGAACGUUCUGCUGCAGAUAAUGCAGUUCCUAUACGUGCCCGUGGGGUUGGCGGUGCUACGGCUAGUGAACUGUGACGCUGAUGGAGCAGUAUCCGUGGACCCUACGGGAAUGAGCUGCGGAGGACCUGGCCAUGUGGCUGCAGUGCUUCUAGUGACGUGUGGCUUGGGUGGCGGGUUCUUGGUUGGCUUGCCGUGGAUGUUGCGGCGGUGCAUUCGUGACUCGAUGGUGCAUACGAGCGUAGAGAAGCACGAACGGUUCGUGAGGGGGAAGGAGCUCGAGUUCAUAUUGGGCACGUCGGAUUCGUAUUUGGAGCUGUCUAUGCCGCAGUUUGCAUCGUUCCGGAGACACUCAGUGGAGAUGCCGGUGCAGAUGUGUCUCUCGAAGCUGGCGCUCAUGUUAGAUUUCUCGGUUUUGCGAUCUCCACCUCCUUCAAUGGCGAACCAGGGAAUACAAGGCUCGCUCUUUGUUAUGGGAGUGGUAACUAUGGCCGUGUACAGGACGUGGAGGUAUCCGUAUCGCUGCAAAUCUACGUCGUAUUUGGCGAUUUUGGUCGACUGGAUGCUUGUCGCCAACGGUGUAUUCGUCUUGCUGUGUGCAAAUGGCGUCCGCAGCGCACUCACAGUUUCAACAUCCGUGACCUCGUCGUUGACGUUCCUGAAUUCAUGCUUUUUAGUUGUGAUCGGCUUGGUGGAACUGCGGGACAUCAUGCUGUUGAGUCUACAUUCUGAACGCUCCAAAACUAUUGAGCUGCUUUGGCCAACGAACGCUCAAAUGAAGGAAAUCGUCGAGUUUGGUCCGCAAGUAUCAUCCUGGGUGAACACGAUUCAUAACGCACAGAACGCCAUUCUCGCCUCGCUAUUGGUGAUACCUUCAAUGCGGUCCUACGAAGACUUGAAAAAGGCGCUUGACCAAGUUGAAAUCUGCUACGAAGAAGCUGCUCGAAGCGACCAUUUGUUGAUGGGCCAGCUAUACGAGCUCUCGCUUUAUGUUAAUGAGCUCUAUGUGGAGGCGGUAGCGUCCAGCCCUUUCCAUCGGAACGGUAGUCCAACGACAGAGUUAGCUGAUCUCACUGGUGUCCUGCAACGCCGGAAAGAUCGACAAGUGCUUCUUUCGACACGAAGCCAGCGUGUCCUGAAGAAGCUGCACAUUGCUAGGAGCUGGUCACGUCAGACACAGUCAUAUGCAUCGGCAAACACUGAUCGAAUUCGAAAUCACAACGCAGUCGGUCACGUGACGACCAACUGA